AUGCAAGGUUAGCAAUAGCACCAUAGUAUAACUCUAACAAAUCAAUAUCUAUUCUGAUUAAAUCCCAGAAUUGAAGAGCAAUGACUACAUAUGAAGGUAAAGUUUUCAGUGAAGAGCAAGAAGCUCUGGUAGUCAAGUCAUGGAAUGCAAUGAAGAAGAAUGCAGCAGAAUUGGGUCUUAAAUUCUUUUUGAAGAUCUUUGAGAUUGCACCAUCAGCACAGAAGCUGUUCUCAUUCUUAAGAAACUCAGAUGUUCCCCUGGAGCAAAACCCAAAACUCAAGCCCCAUGCCAUGUCUGUCUUUGUUAUGACAUGUGAAUCUGCUGUUCAACUCCGUAAAGCUGGCAAAAUUACUGUGAGAGAGUCAAGUUUGAAGAAAUUAGGGGCUGUCCACUUCAGAUAUGGCGUAGUUGAUGAACAUUUUGAGGUCACAAGAUUUGCUCUUUUGGAGACCAUAAAGGAAGCAGUUCCAGAAAUGUGGUCAGCAGAGAUGAAAAAUGCAUGGGGUGAAGCUUAUGACUGUUUGGUUGCUGCCAUUAAGACAGAAAUGAAGGCCUGCUCUCAAGCUUCUUGAUUUAGAAAUUCCUACUAUGGAUUCAAAAAGACUGAAGCAUCAAUAACUUAAAAUAACAUACCAUAGCUAUGUGUUUUCAUAAAUAAAUGCUACAACUUUAAUUGA